GAAAAAAAAUAUGAAAAACCGUGGAAAAUAAAACAAUUCUCUCUUCUUCCUCUUUUUUUGUAAACAAAAACAAAAAGUCAACAUGUCAAGAACUGUCGUAAUGAAUAAUUUUUCGAGAUUGCUAAAACCGCUCAUGGCCGUACCCUGUCAAAAACGACUUGUGACAAAAGGAAUUAAAUGCUGCUCGGUGGGUGUAAUUCCUUCUAUAUAUCAUCAGCAACAGAAGAGGAGUUUCCAUGCUUCGUCAACGCAAUUGGAGCAAAAGAAGGAAGACCCAUACAAAGUUCUCGGAGUAUCCAAAUCGAGCGCCCAGAGCGACAUUAAAAAGGCUUACUACAAGCUGGCCAAACAAUAUCAUCCUGAUUCAAAUAAAGAUAAAGAUGCCAGAGAAAAAUUUGUACAGAUCCAGGAAGCAUAUGAGAUUUUAUCUGACGAACAAAAACGUAAGCAAUACGAUCAGUUUGGACAUGGAUUUGAAGGAGGAAGUCCUUACGGACAAGGCGGAUUUUCUGGUGGUUAUCCCGGUGGAGAUGCUCAUGGUUUCCCCGGUGGAUUUGAUCCCAACGAUAUAUUUAGUCAAUUCUUUGGGGGUGGAUUCAAUGGCAGGGGAGGAGGUUUCGGUGGCGCUGCUGGAACUGGUGGGGCAGAUCCAUUCCGUCACAUGAGUGGUGAGGAUAUACAAGUACCUCUAACCAUCGAUUUUAUGGAAGCUGUAAAAGGAGCUAAAAAGAAGGUCACUGUAAACCGUGUCACAACAUGUCAAACAUGUCACGGAUCAGGCUUAAAGGAAGGUAAAAAGAAGACAGACUGUAAAGUAUGUCAUGGAUCUGGAACACAAACAGUACAAAUGGGUGGAUUCCAUAUGCAAACAUCUUGCCAGGCUUGUGGUGGUGCAGGUUCAUCGAUUCCUCACGAUGCUAAGUGCUCUACUUGUGAUAGUAUUGGAAAAGUAAAGGAUCAUAAAACUGUGGAGGUUAAAAUUCCAGCAGGUGUUGAUGAUAAUUCAAGAAUUCGUGUUCCUGGGGCUGGUGAUGCGCCACUUAAAGGCGAAGGUCCAAAUGGUGAUCUGUUUGUAUCACUUCGUAUUCAACCAUCCAAAAUAUUCCGUCGCCAGGAAUCGGAUGUGUUCUAUGAUGCAAAGGUGCCAUUCUAUAAAGCCAUACUUGGCGGAAAGAUUCGAAUUCCUACAAUUGACGGUGAUGUCGAAGUGAAAGUACCUGCGGGAUCCCAACCUAAUGAUAAUAUUGCACUUCGAGGAAGAGGUAUUCAACGUUUAAGAGGAUCUUCUAGAGGUGAUCAAAUUGUACAAUUAAAGAUAGAAUUACCAAGAUCAUUACGUGGUAAACAACUUGAAAUUAUUGAAAAAUAUGCGGCGCUUGUGGAUGAUGAAUAUGCAGACAAAGAUAAAUAAAUAAAAAGUCUCUACCUCAUACCCAAUCGCUGUAUUGUUAACAUAAUAAAAGUCUUCUUGUUUAUUUUUUCCAUAAA